GCUCUCAAAACAGACCAGUCUGUGGACACGUGUGGUCUGUCCAUCGGAACCGGGUCGGGUUUUCCUAGUUUUAUUGGUCCAUCAUGGACUUCGACAGAGCGAGGUCGGAGCUGCAGGAGCUGCUGAGCAGAGUGAAGCCGGCGGAGCUGCCGAAGCUGCUGGACUGGAUGAGGAACUCAGACGACCUGGAUCACCUCCUGGUGGACAACAAGAAGGUGAUUCUAGAGAGCAUUGCAGACGACCUCAGAGCCAGACUUCCUCUUAACGCCAUGCUGCCCUCUGAGACUGCGGCCCAUCACAAGAUGCAGCAGCUGGCCAAGGCAACGGUCCACGUGGACAGCUUCCUGUACAGCGACGAUCAGGUGGACGCUCUGUGUGAAGAGGGGUCCAUGAGCAGAACCUACUGCCUCAGCUGUGGAUCCGUCAAGACCGCACCUCUGGACUUCAUCUCCCACUCCUUCUCAGUGUCAGAGCUUCAGUUCCUGUUCCAGAACGUUCUUCCAGACUUAAGUGGGCGGACGCUGGUGGACGUUGGUUCCAGACUGGGAGCAGUCCUGUACGGGGGUCAUGUGUACAGCUCGGCGUCUCGGAUCAUUGGUCUGGAGCUCAGCGAGGAGUUCAUCAGGCUGCAGAACGAAAUGCUGCUCAAAUACGGUCUGAAAGACAGAGUUCAGGUUCUCCACGCUGAUGUCUGCAUGCAGGACGCUCUGGUGCACAGUGCAGACGUUCUGGUCAUGAACAACGUAUUCGAGUACUUCCUGGAGCCCAGCGAGCAAGUCAGAGCGUGGAGGUUCAUCAUGCAGACCUUCAGGAGGACAGGGAGUCUGCUGGUCACAGUUCCCAGUCUGCAGGACAGUCUCGGCGCUCUGCAGGUGGUGAUGGAGCCCGGCUGGGUGGAGGAGCUUCCUGUGGACUAUGAUGUCUACCUGGGCAGUGAUACAGACCCGGAAGCUCUCAGACUGAUCCACCUGUACAGGGUCCUGUGACCUCAGACUGAUCAAAUCAUGAUGACAGACGACAGGAAGUGCUGUGACAUCAGGAGUACAUCAAAAAAACGCUUGAGUGGAGCUGAUGAUGGUUCAACGUGAACUCUCAACAUGAGCAGGACUAUUGGCUAAAAAAUGGUUCUCAGACGGGACAGUUCUGAUUUAUCCCCACAACUGUACUGUUGCAGGGCCGGCUCUUGGCAUAGGCGAUAUAGGCAGUCGCCUAGAGCGCCAUCUGCUGGAGGGGAGCCACCAAGCACUCUUGACUUCGAGUGGGAACAUUUUUUUUAAUAAAAAUAAUUUUCUAUGCCCAUGCCAGUUCCGAUGUGUGUUCUCUCUUGAAACGGAUAAAUAUUAACCACUGAAUUU